UUUGACCCCUGGACGGCCGCCGUAGCGCGUCGCCUCUGUUGCCGUGGAAACGACCUCGGACCCGGGAAGGAGGGAGGGAGGACAGACAUUUCCCGCCGGCGGGAGCUGCGGCUGUGGCGUUGAGAGGGUCUUACAGGCGGCGGGUUCCAGCGCAGCAGCACCAUGGCGGACCAGCUUUAUCUGGAAAAUAUAGACGAGUUCGUCACGGACCAGAACAAGAUCGUGACAUAUAAAUGGCUGAGCUAUACACUAGGGGUUCAUGUUAACCAGGCCAAACAGAUGCUGUAUGAUUAUGUUGAAAGGAAGCGAAAGGAAAAUUCAGGAGCCCAACUGCACGUCACAUAUUUGGUGUCUGGCAGUCUUGUUCAGGAUGGAUAUUCUUGCCACAAGGUUGCAGUAGUGAGAGAAGAUAAAUUGGAAGCAGUGAAGUCCAAGCUAGCUGUGACUGCCAGCAUCCAUGUGUACAGCAUCCAGAAAGCCAUGCUAAAGGACAGUGGGCCUCUGUUCAAUACCGACUAUGACAUCCUUAAAAGCAACUUGCAGAACUGCAGCAAGUUUAGUGCCAUACAAUGUGCAGCUGCAGUCCCUAGAACUCCUGAUGAAUUUUCAUCUUCUGAAAAGUUUGAGCAAUCAGAUCAUCAGGUACCAAGUGAGACACAAGUCAGUAAUGGGUUGACCACCAAUGGUCAUGGCCCACCUUCCUCUAAACCAGUCUCCCAGCAGCCCAGAGGAAUUAUGGGAAUGUUUGCCUCCAAAACUGCUUCUAAAACCCAAGACAUUAACAAGGAAACCAAAACAGAGGCUAAAGAGGUAGCACAUGUAACUUCAGCAGGCAGCAAGGCACCAGGGAAAGGGAAUGUGAUAAGCAAUUUUUUUGGAAAAGCUGCCAUGAAUAAACUUAAAGUCAAUUUGGAUUCAGAACAAGCAGUGAAAGAAGAAAAAGUAGUAGAGCAACCUCCAGUGUCUGUCACUGAACCAAAGCUGGCAGCUCCUCCAGGCCUGAAGAAAUCCAGCAGAAAAGCAGAGCCUGUUAAAAUGCAGCAGAAGGAAAAAAAAAGGGGAAAGCGAGUGGACUUAUCUGAUGAUGAGAUCAAAGAAACUGAAAACGUGAAGAAAAAGAGGAGAAGAAUCAAACUUCCUGAGUCCGACAGCAGUGAAGAUGAAGUCAUACCAGACUCUCCUGGGGCUUAUGAACCUGAGUCACCAUCACCACCUCCUCCUGUUUCUCCACCUCCUGAACCAGUGCCAAAGACUGAGCUAGAGCCUCCUCCCAUCAAGAACUCAAGCAGAGAAAACAAGAGAAAACGAAAGCGCGUGCUGAAAUCUAAAACCUUUAUGGAUGAGGAAGGCUGCAUAGUGACUGAAAAAGUCUACGAGAGUGAAUCCUGCACAGAUAGUGAAGAAGAGUUUAAGAUGAUGUCCUCUGUACACAGACCUCCUGCCAUGACUGUGAAAAAAGAACCCAAAGAGGAACGAAAGGGCCCCAAGAAAGGGACUGCUGCUCUGGGCAAAGCCAACAGACAAGUGUCCAUUACUGGCUUCUUCCAGAGGAAAUAAACUGCCAUCUCUGUUAUGUCAGAGACUUGGAAGAUUCAAGGGAGAAGACCGCAAGAUAAGAGACUCCUCACUUACUGUGUAAGUUCAUCUAGCUCCUCCCCUCACCUGUAUCAAAAGACUAUUCUUCCACCCAUGUGAAGUUUCUUCUGCUUCUGGGUUUUCAACCAAAAGGAAAUCACCUGGAAGCAAGAGGCACACGACUAUUUAUAAAGCUGUUACCUUCAAAUGACAUUUUCUUUAAGCACAAUUUUUGACCUGUCCAGGAGAAGAAUUCACUCCAAAAAUAAAUUGCAAUGGAUUUCAGAAUUAUCACUGAAGCCAUUUAAUGGCUAAUCCACUGUGCCCCAUUCACACUAUUCCCUGACCCAUUUACGACUCAAAAAAUAUUCCUUCUUAUUCCUUUGUAUUCUGUGAACUUGUGGUGGUAUUUUUUGUCCCUUGAAUUUUACUGGAUAUGUUUACCACUCCUUCUCUCACCUCCACACCCUAUCACACUUCUGUCCCUUAACCCAAGAAGCUGUUUUCUUUAAGUCUUAAAUUUUGGUUGGACUAAAGACAGAAUCAAAAAAUAUCCCUAUAAUCCUCUUUUCCCUCCAUUAUAAAUUACACUGACACCUGGCUACAGACCAGGCUAUUACUUGUGUUCUACCCCUUUCACAAAAGCUCUCUAGACCUUCACUUCCAAUUAGUGGUUAGGGAAAAGCCUCGGGCAGAGCACAAAUAGAAAUUUAAUGAUGUAUUCAACUCCACAAGAAAUUACUUAGAGUCAGCAUUGAUGAUAUUAGAGGAAUUGUCAUGUUGCUGACACAGUGUGUGCUUUAUACUGUUCUUUGUGGUUUUUGGCUUUCCUGCCCUACCUCCCUUUCCCACUCUCAGUACCUAGAGAGUGAAACCUAUACAAAGAAAUGAAGGCUAGAAUGAGAUGUCCCUUCCUUUAUACAGUGUACAACAGUUACAUAAACUUUCUCCUUCUCAAGGAAACUGAACAUUCAAAAACAGUCUUCCAGGAAGUUAGGGAGGAAUAGGAUAAGGCACAGGCUGUUAUAUACAGAUGUUGCUCCUCUGUAUUUCUAACUCACCCAUUUGCUUAAAAGUACAGACUCUCCAACAGGGAGAUGGAGAGACUGAGUUGUUAGUAGAUAUAGACAGCAAAUAAAACAUUUUCAUUUGUUUCUCAUGGAAAAUCAUCUAUUCCAGUGAUAACUUGGAAGCUACUCUAUAUGGUUGGGUGGACAGUAGGCUCUGUGGGUUGGGGUGAUGUGGCAGUGAUCUUGUCGAUGAGCUCUGGUGAGAGGAGCACAGGCUGGCUGCUGCUGUGACUUAUGAGUAGAAGACAAAGAAUGUCUGGUUUGCUCUUUCCGUCUUAGCCUGAUAUAUGCAGUAGGUGAUACAAUCAGCUGCUGUAUCCUAUUUAAGGUUAAGAUUAUGACUAACCUUGGGAUUAAUAGAAGCUUUUUGAACAACUGUCACCCUGGGCUCUCCAGCCUGGCACCCCUGUGGACUUUUAUGAGAUGAAUCUUGGCAUUAUAUAUAGGACUUGAGAAAGCAGAGGCUUUGUGUAGCAGGCAGAGUGCAGGUUGCCAUAUUCCAAAAUCCUUUCUUUUUAAAGUGAGAAAAAGAUGGAGAAAGGGUGGAAGGCCUGGAUUUAAACCUUUAAAAUGAUUUCUGGAGAGGAGUCCCUAUUAAGUAUUUCUUUUUUUUUUUUUUUUUUUGUCAAUGCCGUUAGUCAUUUUUCUAAAUAGGAAUGGAAAAUUAAAGCAAAAGCAACAAAUUCUUAAUUUUUUUUUUACACUGGGAUCUCUAAUAAAACAGAAUUUUGAAUUAGAAAAAUCUGGUGCUCGUCGGGGUUCUGUCUUUCAAGGGAUAAUGCAUAUCCUGCAAUCUCUGCCCGAUAUGCUGCCUAAACACUGCUUAGUAAAUAUUGAGUGGUGGCUGUGUAUUUAUGCAAUUCUCUACUGUGUUAUCCACAUGAGUUAAAUAAAUCUGAGAAGUUGUUUUAAAACAGUACUUCAAA